GCCCCUGCCCGGCCCCCUUCCCCAACCCCAUGCCUCAGCCCUAACCCCGCGGCCCUCUCCUGCGGGGGGCAUUUCCCCGUGCCCCCUGCCUGCCCCGUCCAAGUCGGGCGCCAUGAACGACCAGUAUCACCGGGCGGCCCGGGAUGGCUACCUGGAGCUCCUCAAGGAGGCCACCCGGAAGGAGCUGAACGCCCCCGACGAGGAUGGCAUGACCCCCACCCUCUGGGCUGCCUACCACGGCAACCUGGAGUCCUUGCGCCUCAUCGUCAGCCGUGGGGGUGACCCAGACAAGUGCGACAUCUGGGGCAACACGCCCCUGCAUCUGGCAGCUUCUAAUGGCCACCUGCACUGCCUGUCCUUCCUGGUGUCCUUCGGGGCCAACAUCUGGUGCCUGGACAACGACUACCACACGCCGCUGGACAUGGGCGCCAUGAAGGGCCACAUGGAGUGCGUGCGCUACCUGGACUCCAUCGCGGCCAAGCAGAGCAGCCUCAACCCCAAGCUGGUGAGCAAGCUGAAGGACAAGGCCUUCCGUGAGGCAGAGCGGCGCAUCCGCGAGUGCGCCAAGAUGCAGCGCAAACACCACGAGCGCAUGGAGCGGCGCUACCGGCGCGAGCUGGCGGAGCGCUCCGACUCGCUCAGCUUCUCCAGCCUCACGUCCAGCACGCUGAGCCGCCGGCUGCAGCACCUGGCGCUGGGCAGCCACCUGCCCUACUCGCAGGCCACGCUGCACGGCACCUCCAGGGGCAAGACCAAGAUCCAGAAGAAACUAGAGCGGCGCAAGCAGGGCGGCGAAGGCACCUUCAAGGUCUCGGAGGAUGGCCGCAAGAGCGUCCGCUCGCUCUCGGGCCUGCAGCUGGGCAGCGACGUGAUGUUCGUGCGCCAGGGCACCUACGCCAACCCCAAGGAGUGGGGCCGCGCCCCGCUCAGGGACAUGUUCCUCUCCGACGAGGACAGCGUCUCCCGUGCCACGCUGGCGGCCGAGCCUGCCCACUCGGAGGUCAGCACCGACUCAGGCCACGACUCCCUGUUUACCCGCCCUGGGCUGGGCACCAUGGUGUUCCGCAGGAACUACCUGAGCAGCGGGCUGCAUGGGCUGGGCCGCGAGGAUGCUGGGCUAGACGGGGCCGGCACGCCGCGGGGGCGGCUGCAGAGCUCCCCCAGCCUGGACGACGACAGCCUGGGCAGUGCCAACAGCCUGCAGGAGCGCAGCUGCGGGGAGGAGCUGCCCUGGGAUGAGCUGGACUUGGGCCUGGACGAGGACCUGGAGCCUGAAACCAGCCCGCUGGAGACCUUCCUGGCCUCCCUGCACAUGGAGGACUUUGCCUCCCUCCUGCGGCAGGAGAAGAUCGACCUGGAGGCGCUGAUGCUGUGCUCCGACCUGGACCUCCGCAGCAUCAGCGUCCCCCUGGGGCCCCGAAAGAAGAUCAUGGGGGCCAUCCGGAGGCGGAGGCAGGCGCUGGAGCGGCCACCGGCCCUGGAAGACACAGAGUUAUAACCGGGGGCUCUUCUCCCCAGACCAAAAUGAAUUGCAAGUUGCCACAACCUACGGUGGGGCCAUGAGGUCCUCACAGUUGCCAGCCCUGCAGCCCCUUCCCCAGGAGUAAAGAAAGCUGUGCACACCCAAAAGCAGAGCAUGUGGCCUGGAGACACCCAGGGUGACAAGAGAAUGCCCCAGAACUCCAGUUCUGAAGGUCCCGAAGACCCUGAGCACCCCCGCCUAAAGGACAUGAGGACUUGUGGAAGGCCAAGUGGGAGGGCAGGGGCAUUAGGGCGGGCUGGGAGGGUAUGCAUGGGGUCGGGGUACCACUGUCCGCAGAGGGUCCUGUUCCCUCGUGCUCAGGCUGGAGACUUGCUCACGCCUACAUUUUUGUGAAAGGGAGAGUUCGGGCUGCCUCCCCUCUCCCCAUGACACCCAGAGGGGAAGUUUUCAGGCCAGACUCUCCAGCCAAAUUCCCCCGUACCUCAUCCCCACCCCAUCCCCAAGCACAGCCAGGCCCUUCCUCCUGCACCUGCUGGCAUGGUCCGGAGCUGGACAGCCAGGCUGGUGAGGGAUGAGGGUGACCGGCCCUUCCCAGCUUUCCCUGGGGCAGAGCCCAGCCUGUCUUCCUCCAGCCUCCCCCCUCCUCCACUGUGCAGCCUGGCCCGCCCCGGGGACCCCAGGGGUCAGGGUACCAGGUACCAGGUGCUCGAGCUGCAGUGUUAUGGCCCAGGCCUGGCAGGCACAGGCUGGGUAGGAAAGGCUUCUGCCACCUGCCUCAGCCUCCCAGACCAGAGACAGGCAGGCUGAGCAGGCUGGGGCUGGACCUAGUGUGGGUAAGUCCUGUGGUGUGGACGCUGGAAGGUGUGGAUGGUCUAAACGGGAUUGCCCCCAGUGCUUCGCGAGUGUGUGUGUGCGUGUGUAUGUACAUGAAUGUGUGCACGUGUUAGGGGCUGGUUGGGGUUUCCCUUGAGGCCUGGAGGGCUGGGCUGCUGUGUGAUCCUGCACGGUCACGGGUAAGUGAGCGACCUUGUGUCCCAGCUCUGUUGUGUGGUGAGGCCAGAGGAAGGGCCAGCCUGGAGGGUCCUCAGACAUGUGUCCUCUCCAGCCACACUGAGAUCACAGAUGUGGGGGAGUCUCUUGGAGGGCUCACACACACGUGCCCGCGUUCACGCCCCACACAGACGUGCCUCCAUCAGCUGUGGACCCCCCGAUGGCAACAUGGUCACCAGCCGUGGCCCCGCCCUGGGCCUUCUUACAGGGGCAGGGGACAGAGUCCCCAAAGUCCCCUCUCUAGUCUGUCGCGUGGACCCAUCCACACGUGCCCAGGGCUGGGAAAUGACCAGGUGCCCCUCUCCCAACUGCAGGACAGGGCGGGUCUGGCUGCCUGCCACGGCCACUCUGCGCCCACCCCAGCCCUUCUCCCUGU